GAGUAGCUUCCCUUUAAAAAAUAUGGCAGCUAGAAAUCCUGGAGUAGAAUUCGAUCCAGCCUGGAUACAGAAUGUUCACAUUAACUUGCCAGCAACAAAACGAAGAGCAGAACAGUUAGGUCUAAGAAGAACUGUCAAAAAACAGUGGCAGGCAGCAUGGGAGUUACGAGCUGUGUCAUGUAUAGAUCUAACAACACUAGCAGGGGAUGAUACUCUUGCCAAUGUCAACAGACUCUGCUUCAAGGCUAAGAAUCCUGUACGACCAGAUCUUCUGAAGGCCAUGGAUAUGGAUGAUGCAGGUCUAACAGUUGGAGCAGUAUGUGUUUACCCAAGUCGUGUAUCUGAUGCCAUAAACUCGUUGAAAGCAGCUGGUGGGAGCCAUAUUCCAGUAGCUUCAGUUGCCACGGGUUUCCCGACUGGUCAGACACCUUUAAAGACACGCCUUGAGGAAAUCCGCAUGGCUGUUGAAGAUGGAGCUCGUGAAAUUGAUAUUGUUAUUAACAGACAGAUGGCACUCACUGGAGAUUGGAAAGGUGUUUAUGAGGAGGUUAAGCUAAUGAGGGAGGCUUGUGGUGAGGCACACAUGAAGACAAUUCUAGCUACAGGAGAACUCGGAAGUCUUGCCAAUAUCCACAAGGCUAGUAUGGUGUGUAUGAUGGCAGGAGCUGACUUCAUUAAAACAUCAACAGGUAAAGAAGGUGUAAAUGCUAUACUGAUGGUGGCUCUUGUCAUGGUGAGGGCUAUCAGAGAGUACUUUGAGAGAACUGGUCAUAAGGUGGGCUUUAAACCUGCUGGAGGAAUAAGGUCUGCCAAGGAUGCUUGUACCUGGUUAUCUUUGAUGAAAGAAGAGUUAGGGGAUGAAUGGACCACGCCCGCUUUGUUCCGGAUAGGGGCAAGCAGCCUACUGAUUGACAUAGAACGUCAGUUGUUCCAUUUUGUGUAUGGAAGAUAUGCGGCCUCCCACGAGAUCCCAAUGUCAUAAACACAAAAGAUAUCUAGUCUCAAGCUUAUAGAUUUAUGAUUGAAGACCAGUCUUUAAAAUCUCUUCUUUGAUUGGUCAAUUUUAAAUUUUGGUCAUGAAUCAGCCAAUCAGAUAUCAGAAAUUAAGACUGGUCUUCAUUUUCAAAUGUUAUAAUGCUUACUGUCUGUAACCCUUACAAAAGAGUAUUCAGAAUUUGAAAAAUUAAGAUGUUUUGAAUAUUUAAAUGAACUAAAGUUGAAUUCAGUUUUAAAACUUUAGAAAUGCUAGCUAUUUCUUACCAUUUAGUAUGUACAGAAUGUGAUUUGACGCUAGGUUCUCGUUAUAUAUAUUGAUGACAUUUUAAGAAUAAAUUCCGAUCAAUUACUUCUACAUCAUUAAUGUAGGAUAUGGUGCUGAAAUUUAAAGGAAUUCAUACAAAACAGUGAUAUUUUGAACAAAGGUGGGCAUUUUCCAUUAACAUUCAUCUAAUUGCAUGUUUAGACAGAUAAGAAUUAUAUGUUGUACUUUGCAAAACAUUCCAUUAUAAAAUUAUGGCAAACAACAUGUAAAGAUUAUUUUUUGUUAAGGUAGACAACUGAAUGUAAAAUCAUUUUUAUGAUGUUUUACAUUGUUCCUGCCCUUGAAGUCUCAUUCUAUUAAAUAUGAAUUUUCUGUUUGAUAUUCAUGCUACGUUUACGGGAAAACGGGAUAACUAAA